GAGGUUGGCGUGUAUUUGCAUACCCUACGCGAUGACGAAACGCGCAGGUCGUAUUCUCGCAGUUUUACCGGUAAAUAAUAGAAUCCGCUAGGCAGCUGCAGCCACUAUUGAUGGGAGUUGCAGCUACAUUAUAAGUAGAUUUAGACAUUAAAUAACAGUUCUGUGUAUAGUAAAAGAAAUACAUAAAUAAAUAAAACACAAGGAAGAACUGGACUAGUUAAUACACCGAACAACAAAGCAGCCCAUGCUCUGACAGUGUCAGAUCGGUUGGAUUUCCUUUCGUAUUAAGAAUGGAAAAGCAGCCGAGUGUGUUGUUGACUUCUCUUCUCCUGGUAAAAAGCAGGCUUUUUGAAGUCACCUUAAAUCGAACACUUUUGACAUGGAAGGAAGUGCAUCUCAGGAGAAAGAAAGUCUCAGGCAACACCAGUAACAGACUCAGAUUUGGUGUCAACUCUGUGCCUGUGUCAGAGAUUAUUGCUGUUCGGGAAACAGAAGUUGACAAGGGAACCAAAGCUGAAGGAAAAUGGCAGAAGAUGACGCAUAUCACAAUUGAGACACAUCUAUGUGCUUUUACAGUUUCUUAUGUAGAAAAAACAGGGCAGCAUCGCUGGCGAUGCAGCAACAUGACCUUCUUCUGUAGUGAUGAGACUGUCUGCCAACAAUGGGUCUGGACACUUAAGGAACAGCUUUCGUUACUAACUUGUAGACCAAAGCACCUGCUUGUAUAUAUUAAUCCCUAUGGAGGCAAACAACAAGGCAAGCAGAUUUAUGAACAUGAAGUGGCUCAGCUCUUUACUUUAGCCUCCAUUUCCAAAGAUGUGAUUGUAACGGAGCAUGCUAAUCACGCCAGGGACCAUUUGAAGACUCAAGCUGACCUAAGGAAGUAUGAUGGUAUUGUUUGUGUUGGUGGAGACGGGAUGUUUAGUGAGGUCGUUCAUGGUCUAAUUGCACGGACACAGAGCGAUUCUGGAGUAGACCUGAACGAUUCCCAGGCAAAACUGGCUCAGUGCAAUCUCAGGAUUGGUAUUAUUCCAGCAGGUUCAACAGACUGCAUUUGCUAUGCAACGGUUGGGGUCAAUGACCCUGUGACAUCAGCCUUACAUAUCAUUGUGGGUGACUCACAGCCCAUGGAUGUAUGCUCAGUUCAUCAUCAUAAUACAUUUCUGAAGUACUCUGUGUCCCUGCUCGGAUACGGUUUCUAUGGAGAUGUGUUGACGGACAGUGAAAAGAAUCGAUGGAUGGGCCCAGCCAGAUAUGACUUUUCAGGUUUCAAAACAUUUCUAUCACAUCACUACUACGAGGGAACAAUAUCCUUUUUACCAGCAACUAACACCUUGGGGAGUCCAAGAGAUAGCAGCAGAUGUAGAUCAGGGUGCUAUGUCUGCCAGCAUCGUGUAAAGGACAUAUCCCCAAUAAAAUGGGGAGAAGGUGGUGAUGUAAGUGAGAACGAGUUUGAAGGCGAGUGGAAAGUUAUCAAAGGGAAGUUUCUGGCCAUCAAUGCUGCCAGUAUGAGCUGUGCCUGUCCACGCAGCCCCAAAGGCUUGUCCCCAGCAGCACACCUGGCAGAUGGAACAACAGAUAUCAUUCUUGUCCGCAAAUGUUCAAGGCUGAACUUCCUUAGACAUCUCCUUCGUCACACCAGCAAAGACGAUCAGUUUGACCUUACUUUUGUUGAGGUCUAUCGCGUAAAAAAGUUCAAGUUUACACCAAAGCACUGUGACAGUGAGUUAUCUGACAUCAGAGAUGUCAGGGAAAACGCCUUUGGUCAAAUCUGCAGGGAUCACCCAUCAUGUGACUGUACUCCUAUCAAUAGCAACUGGAACUGUGAUGGAGAAAUUUUGGAACAUGCUGCAAUUGAAGUCGGGGUUCACUGCCAGUUGAUAAAGCUUUUUGCAAGAGGAAUAGAAGAAAAUCCACCAUUUGAAGAAGAUGUUAGUCCCUCUGCUGUUUAGACUGUUAUCAAGGACCCAACAAUUGGCUGAAGAAGUCUCCUUAUUUAUUUUUAUGUUGCUAUAGAAAAGUAUAUCUAUAAUUAUUGUUGUUAAAAUAAAAUACUAUAUUAUAUGUAUCAAAAGGCAAAUGUUCCAGGUUUAUAUACAUCUCCUGAAUGUAUAUAAACCAGAGAGCACUAUUAAAAUAUUAGUUAAGACAUUAUUUUGAGUGUAUUAUGCCAAAUGGUGUAACUGUUGUCGCUUUUAUAAUGAAAUAACUAUAAGAAAUGGAUCAGUAUUCAGUUUUUCAAUGACUUUUUCAGUUUCAGUUUCUAGCAUCUUGAACAGCGACUGCAAUUGUGGAACUUUUUCUUGCAUUUAAGAAAAUGAACCACUUGCUUCACCAUGGUCUUAACUUCUGGCACAAAAUGUAAUUAUUCUGUAGUUUAGCAUUACAUUUUGCAACAUACCAAUGCAAAUUCAAUGACAACAUUCCAAGUGUGGAAAAAUAGUCAAUUUCAUUAUCAUACCAUAGCAAAAAUAAAAACAGAACUGCCAAUAAUCCUAUAGCACGUGUAACUAAAAAAUAUAUAAAUAUAUAUGAACAUUUUUGGAUUUUGGCAUUUCUAUAAUAAAUGGUAAUAUUUUUUAUUUGGAGUAAUAAUAGUUUUAAAAAACAGUAUUUUAGUAGAUAAGUUUAAAGAAACAAGUUAUGUAUACUUAAGCAUUCUGUGUGUGUGUGUGUUUGUAUUGUGAAGGAAAAGGGCGAUGGCCCUUUAAGAAAACAGCUCCAGACAGAAAAAAAACUACACGUCCCAGAAAGCUCAGUGUCAGUCAGGAAGGGGCGGAGCCUGGGGAUAUGUAAGGAAGCAGGCUAUAUAUAUAUAUAUAUAUAUAUAUAUAUAUAUAUAUAUAUAUAUAUAUAUAUAUAUAUAUAUAUAUAAACUACACGUCCCAGAAACACAUACACACAUUUCUUCAAAUGCAUUGCAGAGUUUAGUUCUGAAUAUGACCAGCAUUUAUAUUCAGAGAUGACUGAUCAGGUGAACUGCUUCAGAAUUGGAAAGUAAAAUGAAUAUACAUUGUAUUUUUUACUACAGCCUCAUUCAAACGCAGUAUGCAUUUGAGAAGACAAGUCCACAUGUAUUCAAUUCUCCAUAGCUUACAUGUUUUCUGACCAAUAUCAUUUCAAACCUGUCCCAUGCUUGAGCACUAUGACAUAGCAAUCCAUUUCCAUAUUCUUGAUGUAGCUGUUAACACUGAUUUAUGCUUAGCAACACAGACAGAAAAGCUGCUGACUGCCAUUGAAAAACCCCGGUGUAUUUAUGUUGUGUAUUGAGCCUGAUUAUUCUGCAUGUGCUAGAGUCAUUUGAGAAAAGUCUGACCCCCCACCCCCCCCCCCAGUAGUAUGUCGUAGGUUCAGCAACCAGUACAUAAUCUGUACCUUUACCUAUCAAUUGUCUCUGCUGCUUGUCAAAGUCAUUCUUCAAAUGCUGGGUUGUGUUUUAUUGAAGAGCUAGCACUGUGAUGCGCUAAGUAGUGCCUAUCAGGCCAAAGGUGACACUGCAACGUAAAACUGAUGAUCCCUAAAAUCUGCCCAUGUAACAGUAUGUGAGCAACUUGACUUGAUUCCUUUGUGAUCUUGCAGGCUUCAAGAUGACAAUUGAAUUAUAUCCAUUUGACUAUUGUGUUUGAAUAUUGUGACAUUGAAUAAUAUAAUGAUAAUAAAAUGAGUAGAACACAGAAAAUGUAUCUUGUUUUAAUGAUGUGUUUUAAAUGUUUAAAAUGUAAAUGCGACUCAAAUAAUGCCUUUAAGUAGUAACAUGUCUAAUCACUGUAACUUCCGUAUUUGUUCCUCAUUUAAUAAGUCUCAAGCAGUGCAUUUUCAGCAGUACAUCAAAUUUGUAUUCGCCCCUGCAUUAAAAUCUAGUCAGUAAUUCAUAUUUAUAGUUUCUGCUCUGCUGAUAAUGUUAAUUUGGUUGAUGCAGUUUAUAAAGCAUAAAGCCUCGGUUUAAUGCAGAACUAAUAGUAUUACAGUAUGUGUCACAAUAGCACUAAAGUCAAUCUCAAGUCAGACUCUUGGUCUCUAUCUUGUUCCCAAAGGAAAUCAGCUCUACUGCUUGUUGGACUUACUACAGAGGUAAAAGGGACUGUGAAAAGCCACAUGAUGUGUAAAAGCUAACACGAAUGCUUCAAUUGUGUUGUCUGAUGUUAUCAAGAAAUACAUUCGGAGCAACAUGGCAAGACGUGUGAUUUUCAAAAGAUAAUAAUUACAUUAGAAGACAGAAUAACCGUCUUGUCAUAUCCCAUCUUUCCGAGGAACAUAUAAGGUGCCCCAUCUGUUUGUACAAGUUUCCUCCUAUAAAGAUGUACUGUCCUGUUUCUUUUGGAUUAAUGUAAUAGCUAGUAAAAGGAUUAGACGUUUAGUCUUGUGGAGGAUUUCUCCCAAACCAUGUUGUUAAAUAAGUAUAUGUUCAUCGUUCCCUAGUUUACCAGUCCGUUGUUGUUUGGCUGGUUUUUCUGGGAUGCCCUUUAUUCUCCACAAUGACAACUACUGUAAAAUAUUGGGUGUGGCCACUUUAUUUAGUGCAUCUUGAAAUAGAGUGGGCAAUUGUGUUAUGCAAAGAGCUGAACAACAUUUAACUGUACUUCAUAAGAUCUACAUGUUAGUUGGAUAGAAACGACACGUUUGAAAAGGACCACUCUGUCAUAGAUCUUUAACAUCCUGAAUGGCAACUACUGAUUGGUCUAUGUGUGAUCAGAAUUGACUGGUGGCUGAGAUAGAGGAACAAAAUGGCAGCAUCGCUGCUUCUGACCGGUUAAUCAAUACGCACAAUGACUCAUACGGGCAGACUGCAGGUAGUGUGCAAACUAGUGACCAGAGCUGUGUGUAUGGAGUUAUAAUGCAAAUAGAUAUUUGCCAAGUACUAAUAAAGUGGUAGCAAGCAAGGCUGUGUUCUUCUGCAAUGCUAUGCUUUCGUGCUGUCAAGUUUCACUUUUUAAGGUUUUUAUAGUUAAAUUACCUGCUUUUUAUACACUUGAUGGAUGGAAGCAUAGACAGUUCUUUGAAAUGAAAUUGAUAGAAUAUUGCAGAACUCCAGAUCAGUUAAGUUUGAGUGGUUCUGGUCAUCAGUUUGCACAAGUAUAAAAUUGUGAAAAAACAAUGGACAAUAUGUGUGGCUUAUGAAUCAUAUACUGCAUGUUAGAUGUCAAACAUUUUGUG